AGCAGAAGAAUCUGGAGGGAUACGUGGGCUUUGCAAGCCUCCCCAACCAAGUGUACAGAAAGUCUGUGAAGCGGGGCUUUGAGUUCACCCUGAUGGUUGUGGGAGAGUCAGGGUUGGGAAAGUCCACACUGAUAAACUCUCUGUUCCUGACGGAUCUGUACUCUGGAGCAUAUCCUGGACCUUCACAUAGAAUCAAGAAAACAGUUCAGGUGGAGCAGUCCAAAGUGUUGAUGAAGGAAGGAGGCGUUCAGCUUCUGCUCACGAUAGUAGACACUCCAGGAUUUGGAGACGCUGUGGACAACAGCAACUGCUGGCAGCCGGUCAUUGAUCACAUUGACAGUAAGUUUGAGGAUUAUCUGAACUCCGAGUCGCGUGUGAACAGAAGGCAGAUGCCGGACAGCAGAGUGCACUGCUGCCUGUAUUUCAUUGCACCCUCAGGACAUGGACUGAAACCUUUGGACAUCGAGUUUAUGAAACGGUUGCAUGAGAAGGUCAACAUCAUCCCAUUGAUUGCCAAAGCAGAUACCCUGACACCCGAGGAGUGCCAGCAGUUCAAGAAACAGAUUAUGCGAGAAAUCCUGGAGCACAAGAUCAAAAUCUAUGAGUUUCCAGAGACGGAUGAUGAGGAGGAGAAUAAGAUUGUGAAAAAAAUCAAAGAUCGGUUGCCCCUGGCUGUGGUCGGAAGCAACACUAUCAUUGAGGUGAAUGGCAAGAAGGUUAGAGGAAGGCAGUACCCAUGGGGAGUGGCAGAAGUUGAGAAUGGAGACCACUGUGAUUUUACACUCUUAAGGAAUAUGCUUAUAAGAACCCACAUGCAGGACCUCAAGGACGUCACAAAUAAUGUCCAUUAUGAGAACUACAGAAGCAGGAAGCUUGCGGCUGUUACCUGUAAUGGAAUCGACAACAACAAAACCAAAGGGCAGCUCACCAAAGUUGACACGGUUGAAGGCAUGAGUCCUCUCGCCCAGAUGGAGGAGGAGAGAAGGGAGCAUGUGACCAAAAUGAAGAAGAUGGAGAUGGAGAUGGAGCAGGUGUUUGAGAUGAAAGUCAAGGAGAAGAUCCAGAAACUGAAAGAUUCAGAGGCAGAGCUGCAGCGGCGUAAUGAGCAGAUGAAGAAGAACCUGGAGGCUCAGCAUAAGGAGCUGGAGGAGAGACGACGUCAGUUUGAGGAGGACAGAUCCACCUGGGAGACCCAUCAGCGCAUCCUGGAGCAGCAGAGGAUGAGUUUGGAAAAGAAUAAGAAGAAAGGGAAGAUCUUUUAAAAUCAUUUCCGAUGACCAGGUCGUCGUCAUUAGCCAAUCCCCCCCCGACCUGAUAUCUGUGUAGCCUUCAGACUCCGAGCUGUCCUUGCAGUCUGUCGAAGGCGUUCAAGCUGUUCAUGGACUUCUGCUAAAGCGUUUACCUUUGUGAAACUCAGUCUUAGACGAGCCAAACCCAUAACGAUCUAAACCAAAUCUAUACUGAAUUCACUUGCCAGCUAAUGUCUGCAGUCAUAUUCCAAACAAAAUUUCUAACUGUUCAACUUGUUCAAUUUUGGUGAUAAAUUGUUUACUCGUUGACUAAAUAACAAGAACCUCCAUAACCGAAGUGUUUUUUGUCUGUGCUCUAUUUUCCCUCGGUAAACCAGAGAAUCCCAUGCAGCAGGCCAAAUUCUACAACUGUAAAUGCACAAAUGACAUCCGGGGAUGGGCAAACACAUUAUUUGCUCCUUUGGCUUAUUUUGUUUUUCUCUUAAUGCAGAAGUGUUUCUAAAGUAUAAAGUCUGUCUAGUCCAUAUCCUUUGACCACCUCCUAUAACUUCAUUAAUGUUAUACGUCCACCAAGACAGCUAACGUAAUAUUUCUUUGAAUACUCAGCAGAUGGGAGUCUUAAUUGAUGGAUCGCACCAGAGAUGUUCUCAUGAUAGAGUGGUUUCAGCAUGUUUGUCUGUAAGCUCACCUCUGCUGCU